AUGCCUGGACUCAAAGUUGUCGCAUUGAUCUCGGGGGGGAAAGACUCCUUCUUCUCUAUACUCCAUUGCCAUGCAAACGGACAUGAAGUCGUCGCCCUUGCAAACCUGUACCCAGCCGCUCAGGAUGGCGAGCGAUCUGAGGACAUUGACAGCUACAUGUACCAAACCAUAGGCCACAGCGUCAUCCCACUCUACGAACAAGCACUAGGACUUCCGCUAUACAGACAGGAGAUCCACGGUGGAGCUGCCGAUAGAAACAAGAGCUAUGCAUCUCCAACCACCGCUCAGUCAAGCCAACAGGACGAAACGGAGAGUUUGGUGCCUUUGCUACGUAAAGUCAUGGCUGCGCACCCCGAGGUCAAUGCCGUCAGUACUGGAGCUAUUCUCUCCGACUAUCAACGUACGAGAGUGGAAUCUGUUGCCAUUAGAUUGGGUCUGGUACCAUUGUCGUAUCUCUGGCAGUACCCUUUCUUACCGCCAUAUGCCGAGACUUCGCUGUUGGAUGAUAUGGCUGCUGCUGGACAGGACGCUCGUAUCAUCAAGGUCGCUUCAGGAGGAUUGGAUGAUGGGUUCUUGUGGGAAAAUGUUGCCAGUUAUCGCACCAAAACCAGACUUGUGAGAGCGAUGGAGAGGUUCGGUAUCAUUGGGGAUGGAGCUGCGCUUGGUGAAGGAGGAGAGUUUGAGACGCUUGCAAUCGAUGGACCAUGGCCGUUGUGGAGGAACUCGAUUCAAGUUGGGGAUGAUGAUAGGGUGGUCGUCGCGGGAGAAGCAGGAGCUGCAUCUUUGAAAAUCAAGACAGCUCGUUUGGUGCCAAAGGAACCAUCCUCGGACUUCUCGUUUGAGCAACUGCGGAAACCAACGACACUAGAUGACAAAUUUGCGGCUCUGGAAUCUCGCAUGAGCAACGGCUCUGGUGAGCUUCUGGAUGUCUCUGACGAAGCAGCAGAGAAGACAGAAGCUCUCAGCUCAACCUUUGGAUGGACGAUUCAAAAAACAGACACGUGCACAAUCAUCUCAAACGCAAUGGCAGAAGGAGCAUCAGCAGGAGAGCAGAUGACCAACAUCAUGAGCCGGUUGAUCAACGAUCACUCCGUCAAGCCUUCCUCAAUCGCCUUUACCACCAUCCUCCUACGAAACAUGUCCGAAUUCGGUGCAGUAAACCUGGCAUACGGAUCUCAAUUCGCUACACCAAACCCACCUGCCAGAGUCACCAUUGCCUGCGGUAGUGCACUACCAACCAACACCCACGUCUCUCUAUCCGUCAUGAUCUUACAUGAUGACCUAGCAGCACAAAAGCAAGGUCUCCAUGUGCAAUCUCGCUCCUACUGGGCUCCUGCAAAUAUUGGUCCAUACUCCCAAGCCAUCAUCACGCCUACUUCAGCUUCCUCACCUGCACUUCCCAAGCUCAUCCAUAUUGCCGGCCAAAUUCCUCUGCAUCCACCAACUAUGGAGUUCCCUUCGCAAGGGUCCUUAACGCCAGAAGCACACUUUACAGCCCAAACCAUCCUUGCACUUCAGCAUCUAUGGCGUAUAGCUCAAAUCAUGCAAACCGCCCAUUUCCUCGGCGCUGUUGCCUUCAUCAGUUCUGCUGCAACCACAUCCGCAUCUUCACGCGUAGCUUCCGCAUUGCAGAGUUGGAAGUCAGCGCUUCAACCUCCCACCACCGAAGACGCAGAAGAUGAACAAGACGAUGGAAACUUUGAUGUUUGGGAUCAGAGACAAUUUGGCAGUUCAGGGAAUACGGUGACUUCUACACAACGAAAGGAUAUAGUGAAUGUAUCUGUGCCGCCUUGCUUUGUGGCUGAAGUGGAGAGUCUGCCUAGGGAUGCGCCGAUCGAGUGG